GAUAUACGUUACGGAUGUGCACGAAGGUUCCCCCGCUGCAAAAAGUGGGUUAAGGAUACACGAUAAAAUUUUACAGUGCAAUGGGUGGGCAGACUCCUUGGUCCAGCGCGGAGCGGAGAAGAGCAACGCGGAGCAGCAUCAUGCAGACGGGCACGCACACCUGCAUCCCGGGGAGCGCCGUUCUGGGCGAGCUUCAAGGAAAUGAAUCAAUCGAAGAAAUUGCUGAAUCCGUGGACGAGCUGCGGAUGAAACUGGCGAAUAUGAAGAGGUUGAUGGAAGAAAGGAAAGGAAGUACUUUGGGAGAUCUGAGUGCUCGGAAAAGGAAGGAGUCGUCCGAUAUUAUCGACGGGAAUUUUUUAUCCUGGAUUUUCGGCUCGGCUCUUGUCGUUAUUUUAAGUGUCAGCUUUUAUGCAUUUUACAAUUUGUACCACGCGGUUCUUAAAAAGUUCCCCUCACGCCAUACGGAACUCUAACGAGGGACUCAAGACUAUGAAAUGAGGGAAAAAGAAAAAAAACGAACAAUCGAUACACAGCCCAAGCAAUUGUAACAAUAAGGAAUGUAAAUACCCGAAAAAUGUGGCAAUAGGUGACCCAAUAUUGUGUACGAAUAAUCGUGUUAAAUACUUAAUAAGACAAACGUAAAAGAGGGAUGAAGAAAUAAUCGAGCUCGUCCCGAGCUCGGCAUUGGUCUCGACUUCAAAAAAGACAGAACAAUGUAAAUUAAAAUAAGUAGGCCCUUUUUGUAAAUAUAUUAUUGUACGGUGUGUGAACGGAUGAACAAUUUAGAGGAUUCCCCCGUCUUCGGAAUUUCUGAAUUUUCGACCAAUUGAGUAAACCACAUUAUUGCUUCAAUUACAGGUUCACUCCGUUGACUGUUAACCGGGAUAUGAGAAAGACUGCAAGGUAACUUCAAAUAGUUAUAUCUCACUUGCUCUUGCAUAUAAAGGAGGAAUAAGAGAGAGAG